CGGCGUCCAAGAUUAGACCGAGAGAACAACAAGGGACGAUCCAUUCACUCUGGAACUCGCCGCCAUGGAUGCACCGUCAGUACUUCAAGUCCCGGCAUGCGGCGCCGUGGAAACCCGCCCUGACGACUAUGCAACGGGUGAUCACAUCGUUGCGGUCUUUGUCAUUCUCGGAGUAUCCCUCGCUGGCGCGCUAUUGCCUGUCCUUGCGGCGCGCGUGUCCUUCUUCCGAAAGCUCAUGCCGUACGUUCGUCUUUUAAAUUCCCUCGGUGUCGGCAUUAUCAUUGCGACGUCCCUGGUGCACAUGCUCCCACCCGGCCUUGAAGCACUCAACGACCCUUGCCUCAACUUGAACUACUCCGGUCUCGCCAUCGUGCUAUUGGUCGUCACAAUGUUGAGCAUGCAAAUCAUGGAGACCGAGAUGGUCGUGUGGUUGUCGCCCAAGGAAAAGCUCACGGAUCUGAACAGCUCGGAUUUUGAGGGACCGAUUCUGUCCCCCGAGCCCCAUUCGCCGUCGUGCCAGCUUUCGUUCCAGGACAACGGCAACCAUAACCACCACCACCACCACCACCACCAUGGAGACAUCGUGGAUAGAAGUCCUCUUGCCAAGAAACUCAACGUGAUCCUUUUCGAAUGCAGCGUUGCGGUGCACUCCAUCAUCAUCGGGAUUGAAAUGGGCGUCGCGUCUGGUGACACGUUCCACACACUUCUCACAGCUAUCAGCUUCCACCAAUUUUUUGAAGGCGUGGCAGUUGGCUCGUCCUCGCAAGGUGCAUUCACACAGCUCAAAACGUCAGUGUUUGUUGCGCUCGGGUUCGCCAGUUCCACGCCUUGCGGGAUCUUCAUUGGUAUACUCAUUUCGGGAUCGUACACACCAACUUCGACAGCAGCGCUUUGGGUCCGAGGCAUCCUGCAUUCCGUCGCUGCGGGCAUUUUGCUGUACAUGGGAGUUGUUGAACUCCUGACGUACCAGUUCACAGUGAACGCCGACUUCCAUGCCAAGACACGCCGAGAUCGCUGGACACAUUACAUGUGCAUCCUCCUCGGCGCGGGCGUGAUGGCUGCGAUCGGAUACUGGGCCUAAGACGGUCGCGCCUUUUGUUGUACCGCUUUAGUGGAUCGAGAUGCGUGUCAGCUUUGUAUGACAGUUUCAAAUUUCUUCAAAAUUGAUGUAUAUUUUCACCACCUUUCAACAAAAGCAGGACCAUUUCUGUAAUAAUUUCGCAAA